AUGUCAACUGCUGAUAAACCCAAAUCAGAACCCAAGCGAUGGAUUCUGAUCAUCAGCCUCGGCCCCCAAGCCAACUACAAACAAACUCAUCCCGAGCUCAUGACAAAAUUGACAUCCAACGGCUUCACCAUCGAAACCGUCUACCGCCGAAACGAACUCAUCGAUCUCCUGCAAGGUGAAAACAAAGGCGAAGAUGAAUAUCCACCGCCAACAGCCACCCUCCUCACCGAAGACAGACUCAAAUACGAUAUCAACAACGACAUCUGGGACGCGCUCAUGAAAUAUGUCCGCAAAGGCGGUAUUUCAAUUUCACUCUGGAAUCCCCAGUCCUGGUCUGAGCGCGAAGGAGACGAGUCUAUCUUUGCUAAAGCGGGCCUUCCUUGGCUGAUCGGCCUUCGUCGGUACACGACUGUUCAGCUCAAUUCCAACGCUACUUGGAAUGUCUUGUCUGUUUUGCCCGAACGCUUCAGUAUCUAUGGUAUGUCUAUUCAUAACGUUUCGAUGUAUGACAGGUGGUACAACAAUGUUGACGUCGCGACACACAUUGUGAACAAGUAUGAUAUUCCGGGGGAAGCGAAGAUUGCAAUGACCCGAAUUGAGGAAGGAUGGUUUGGGUUCGUGGGGGAUCUUGCGCUUGAAGGGUACUCGAUCAUGGUAAUUGUUGCUAUGUGCAAGCUCUCAACGCCUGGUGUUGGUCUUGUCGAGGGUACAGCUCGGACAGGGCGAUAUGAUGUUCUUUCGCCUUAUUCUUAG